AUGAAACAAGUUAUCGGAGUGCCGUUCACGGGGACUCUUUCCCAGUCCAACGGAUCUGUCGAGGAGACCAAGAUUAUACAACGACUUAUAGAAGCAAGCAAAAUACCUCUCGAUGACCCGGGUAUGUCAGUCAGAGAUAAGAAGAAGGUCAUGGAGUCUGUGCUUGAGCCCGCAAUGAAUCUCCUCAAAACUCUGCUCCAAGAAAGGGUCAAAAUCUAUUUGAAAAGCAUCGCAAAAAGACUACUCAACCCAAAGAUCCCGCUCACAUGGAGUGCCACGAGCAACAAUUGUCAGAUCUUCUGUAACUCUCUAAUCGACAUGGAUCUAUUCGAACCUCUUGCCAGCAGCGAAAGAGAGCUAUACUUGAUGAGCUUUGUCUGUCCGCAGGAAGGAUACCUGCGAAAUAAGGUGCACACCAAGUACGACGUUCCUAGUGGCCUGACUGAGGAAUUCUCUUCGUUUCCACUUUGGUUGCCACGAUGA